AUGACCGAGAUGAAGAAGGAGUUUUCUGCCCUGCAGAAGACCAACAAAGGUCUUCAACUAAAAAUGAAGAAUCUGGAAGACCAAGCCGAGGCUGCAACUAAGGCCCAACAGAUAGCCGAGGAAAAAGCUGAAUCAGUCGAGGCCAUAAGGAAGGUCGCCGAAGCAGAGAAGAUAGAGGUCGAGGACAGAAAGGCCCAAGCCGAAAAGGAACUGCAGGAGGCCCUGGCCACCAAGGAUGCUGAAACCAAAGAAGCUGAUGAGAAGGCUUACGCCCAGGGCAUGGCCAACGUCACUGAGGAAUACAAACUUCAGGUCAGGCAGGUAUGCAACAGGGGCUUCUCCCUUGGUUGGAUGUCCCUGAUAAAGAAACUUGAUCUUCCUGCCGAUUCACCCUUUCGUAAUGCCGAUGCUAUCCCUCUGCCGUUCCCCCCACCUCCUCCAUCAAGUCAACCUGAAGGCGAAUCUGAGUCUGAAGUUACCAAGGAAGCUACCUCGGAGCAGGGUUCGUCCGACGUUCCUCAGGUCAACAAGAGUAUUGACGAAACCUUUGCCGAGAUUGAUGCCGAAAUUGCUGCAGAUAAGGAGGCCAAGGUAUCUCUUCAGGAGACUUCUGAGGUUCAGAUCCAGCCAGACGCUGAUGCUCAAAAGUCUUAA